AUGGCUGUCAUACACGGUGCCUGCAACCCCGCAUUCAGCCGCGUGCGUGAUCUUUUCCAAGAAAGACUAACCUCGGGAGAAGAAGUGGGUGCGUCAAUCUGCGUUAAUGUCAACGGAAGAAACGUCCUGGAUAUCUGGGGCGGUUACACCGACGCCUCCAAGUCGCGCUCGUGGGAAAAGGAUACCCUGGUCGCUGUCUUCUCAUCUAGCAAGGUGGUCAGUGCCCUGGCCGCGCUGACGCUCGUGGACCGAGGGCUGCUAGACGUCGAAGAGAAAGUGUCAAAAUACUGGCCGGAGUUCGCAGCCAAUGGCAAAGAGGAGACAAAAGUGUGGCACAUUCUCAGCCAUUCAUCUGGCCUGCCCCAGUGGGACAAGCGACUCCCCAUGGAGUCUAUUUACGACACCAAAGCUUCGACUGAGAUGCUCGCUAAACAGGCUCCGUGGUUCAAGGCUGGGGAGGCAUCCGGCUACCAGCUAGUAAACCAUGGACAUUUGAUCGGUGAGCUGGUGCGACGCAUUAGCGGCAAGUCGUUGAAGCAAUUCGUUGCAGAUGAGAUUGCGGGUCCGUUAGGCGCUGAUUUCAGUCUCGGUCUUGCCGAAGAGAACUGGCCGCGUACGGCGGAUAUCAUUCCUGGUGCUUCUCAGAAUCUGCCAAAGAUUGACCCGCAAAGCGUUGUGGGUAAAGCCUUUGGCAAUCUUACAUUCAAGGCUGAGGAUUCCCAGUCACCUGGGUUCAGGGGUGCUGAGAUUGGUGCCGUGAAUGGGUUUGCGAAUGCGCGUGCACUGGCUCGGAUUGGUUCAAUGGUGUCCUUGAAAGGAACGGUCGAUGGGAAGCAGUAUCUUGGGCUGAAGACUAUUGACCAGAUGAUUCAGGAGCGGGUUAGCGGUGUCGAUUUGGUGUUGUGUAUGAAAGUCAAAUUUGGACUUGGAGUCGGUCUGGCAGUGCCGGAAAUUACACCCUUUAUCCCUGAAGGAAACAUUUGCUUCUGGGGAGGUUGGGGUGGCUCUAUGUUGGUCAUGGAUCUGGAUCGUGGUAUGACUAUUUCUUAUACCAUGAACAAAAUGGGACCAGGGAUCAUGGGCAAUGAGAACGUCAUGGCUUACAUUGAUGCGGUUUAUGCAAUUAUGGCAGAGAAGAAGCCCUCUGUGUCCCUGUGA